AUGUACGAUUUCACUCCACUUCGAGGCAACAUACCGAAUGGCGAUGUUCUCUUGCCAGGAGAUGAUGGCUAUGAGGAAGUGUUGCAAAGAUGGAGCGCGGCUUGCGUGAAGAGAGCAGCAGUUGUUAUCUUACCGAUUAACUCACGAGAGGUAUCUGCGGCAGUCAAAUUUGCAGUUUCGAAUCAAAUACCGAUGACGGUAUGCGGUGGUGGCCACUCAUCCAGCGGCGCCUCAUCAUCCGAGGGAAUGGUCAUUGACUUAAGGAAGAUGCGAAAGGUCAAAGUUAACGCAGAAGCUAUGACCGUCGAGUUCGGAGGGGGCUGUCUAUGGGAAGAUGUUGACACAGCCCUCGAGCGGCAUGGUCUGGCGACAGUUGGAGGUGUCGUCAAUCACACAGGGGUUGGAGGACUUACACUCGGGGGAGGCCAUGGUUUUCUCACACCUCGACACGGUCUUACCAUCGACAACCUGUUGAAGGCGGAAAUUGUUCUUGCAGAUGGGACGAUAUUCGAAGCAUCCGACGACACAAACCAGGAUCUGUUCUGGGCUAUUCGAGGCGCUGGUGCACAGUUUGGAGUCGUAACUCGCUUCGUAUCUCGAGCUCAUCGACAAGACAAAGUCUGGAGUGGAACGUUGGCGUACCCGGCUGAUAAGCUACCUGACUUGCUGCGCUUUGCGAAUGUGUUGUAUGAAAGACCGAACCCAGAUGGGCAUUGCUUCGCAUUGGGCAUUGGCUUUGGACCUGAUGAGACGAGCCGUGUCGUGUCCGCUAUCCCUUUAUUCCACGGCUCGGAAGAAGAUGCCAAGCAAUGUUUCUCUGGUCUCCUCGAGAUAAAAGCAACAGCUAACAAUACGGAGAUGAUGACGACGGCGAAGACGAACACGCUCCUCAACUCCGUAAUGGACCACGGCAUUCGACGACUCAUGGGCUCAGGCAACAUCACAAUGCCCCUUGAUAUCGAACCAAUGCUACAAACAGCAGAAACAUUCUGGGAAUUCUGUGAAUCACGCGACGGAAUGGGCAAGUCUGUCUUAGCUAUUGAGUUUUUCCCAACAGACAAGAUUCGUGAGGUUCCCCAGGAUGCAACAGCCUACGCCAAUCGAGGAGACUACUACGACGCGAUGACUUCUUUUGCAUGGGAGAACCCAGCCUACGAUUCAGAGAUACGGCAGUUCAAUAGAAGCCUCUGUAAGAGGAUACGGGAGACGAAUGGGUAUUCGGCUACGGCGGGUGGACACUGGAGCAAGGGGCCUGUGGGGGUGUAUAUCAAUAUUGAGGCUGAUAGUAUAUCGCCCAAGGAUGCUUGGGGCGUAAAUCUGCACAGAUUGAGGGAGUUGAAGAAGAAGUUUGAUCCGAAUAAUGUGUUUAAUAAGUGGCAUGGUAUUGCUGAGGAUACAGCUGGGACAGGUGAAGCAAACCUGAAGGGAUUACAAUUGAGUUUCGGCUACGACUUGAAAUUUCAAGAAUCACUCAGUCAUGUUGACGAUGAUGAGGAGAGUUUGCUUGGCCACCAUCGAGAAACGGGAGACGGCAUGCCAGUGACGUUAGUGAGUGCGUUCCUAGGUCCAAGUUCCGGAGACAGGAGGGUUUCAAGGUUUAGGUCAACCGCACUAAUGAGCGACAUAUGGCGCGACAAACGUACGGAAGAUGCCGCACAAGUUUACGAUAUGUCAUAUCUGUCUGUGAGCUUGGCUUGGAACAAGAGACGCUCUAGGCGAUGGAAAAUGCUCAAGGCUGGUGUUUUGUGGGGGUUUGUGAGCAAUGUAGAGGGAUCUACAGGGGAUUUCGCGGAGGUUGAAUGUAACGGUAUCGCGAUAUUGAAACGCGUAAGCGGAAUGCCUUGUCUUUCAAGUGGUGUUAUGGGAGUUGAAGGGCGAGCUAUUGAUCAAGGUGUAGGGAGAUGGGAUGAUGAGGCUCACCGUAUACCGAGCCCUAGAAGGAAAAGCAAAGUGAUGAACAGGGUCGGAUUUUCAGCUUCUCCCAUGCGUCUUUUCCCCUUCUAUACAUGCUGGCUUGGCACGGUGAAUCCGUCAAUUCUACUCAACUUGGCGGAGAAGAGUCGGGGGUGGAGUUACAUCACAUACAUAUCAACAAUGGCUCCCAUCGGCGUAGCAUUGAUCGGCGGAGGCCUGUUCGCUAAACAGGCACACAUGCCUGCUAUCAUGAAGGCAGAUAACCUCGCUCUCAAGGCCAUCUACUCCCGUUCUCUCAAGUCGGCCAAGGAGACGGCUGCUUUGAACACCCGCUCCGGCCAAGAGCCGGACUUGUACUCGGCCGAUUCGGGAUCCGGCAAGUCUUUCGACGACCUUCUUGCUCGCGAGGACAUUGAAGCUGUUAUCAUCGCAUUGCCCAUCCCGAGCCAGCCCGAGCACAUCAGAGCUGCUCUCGCUGCUGGCAAGCAUGUCCUUGCCGAGAAGCCGCUUGCUCCCACCGUAGCUGAUGGCCAGAAGUUGAUCGAAUACUACCGUGGUCUAGGAGGCAAAGCUACCUUCUCGAUUGCAGAGAACUUUCGCUAUAAGCCAUCGUUCGACUAUGCUGCUGCAGAGGCCUCCAAGCUCGGAAAGCUGCAGCACUUCAGUGUACGCGUGUUCUUCUACAUGAGUGAGGAUUCUCAAUGGUAUGGCACCGCUUGGCGCGCAAAGCCUGAGUUUCAGGGUGGUUUCCUGCUCGACGGUGGAGUGCACUUCUCUGCAGCGACCCGACAGCUCCUCACAGAUCCAGCAGUCGAUGUGACAGCCUUCACGACUCAGACACAACCUCACCUGGCACCAAUCGACACCGUGAACGCGGUGAUCCGACUCAAGAGUGGUGUAAGUGGCACGUACCAGCAGUCCUGCGGCUCCAAGAUGAGUACCUCAGUAUUCCAAUUCGGCUACGAGAAGGGUUCUGUGGUGGUCGACGGAGAUAAGGUGACCGUUACGCCGUGGGAUGAUGAGCCUGUUGUCAAAGAGUUUGAGAGAACGAGCGGUGUGACGGAGGAGGUUGAGGCGUGGGCGAAGGCGUUGGCUGAGGGAAAGCCGGAUAAAAGGCAGAGCGUCGAGGAGGCGUUGGCGGAUCUCGAGUUUUUGGAGUUGAUGUUUGAGAGUGGCCUUAAUGGAGGGCAGGCUAAGAAGUAUGAGUUACUGAGCCUCUUGGCCUUAAUGAUCCUGGCUUGCGAUAUACUGGCUGGUAGGCGAAUAGCACAGCAAGAAAGCUUCUGA